AGGUGUUCGAAUGAAUUGCCCGUUAGUUCCAGAAAACAUUAAAUCUCAUAAUCUCAACAGAAGUUCAUCUUCCGAAAUGUUGUCGUCUAACGACAAUACUAGAUUGGUUCCCUCUCAAAACCUAAUAGAAAAUAGAAAAUCAAGAGAUCACUCCACUACCCCGCCGCCGCCAACCGAUCGACCAAUCAUUCAUUUGCCUGCGUACCUAAGAACAAGAAUCGGCGAAGAAAAACGAACGAACAGUAAAUCUAAAAAUUGUCGUAGGAGUAGAACGGUUUUCACGGAAGUUCAACUUCUUGGAUUAGAAAAAAGAUUCGACAAACAAAAAUAUCUUUCAACUCCUGAUCGUGUAGAACUCGCAGAAGCAUUGAGUCUAACUCAACUCCAAGUUAAAACGUGGUAUCAGAAUAGGCGCAUGAAAUGGAAAAAGCAGGUGAUGGAAGGUGGUGGUACAGAGCCUCCGACUAAGCCCAAAGGAAGACCACGUAAAAUCCGGCCGGAAAACGAAGAAAAUGUACAAAAGACUAAUAUAAAACCUACACCAAAUACCUUCUAUAGAAGAGACGAAUUACACUCAAGCCCAGCUAUAUGGAGAACUUCUGUAUAUUAAUAAAGUCCGUGUAUAUGUUUUCUAUUGAGGUUUGUGCUUAUCUGUAGAAUAGGACUGCAAUAAAACAAAUUAUGUAUACGGCACACAUUCUGAAGAAGAAUUUGACUUGUAAAUAUAAUCCCUCGGAUGACGGAAAUCGUGUGUGAUCAGUUCUCUUCUGAUGUGGUUAAAUGAUGAAUAUAUUUUGUUGUACCGCGAUGUGCUUG